UUGAUCGUAUCAAAAAAUAUGUCCCUUCCAAUAUUUAUAUUAAAAAUAUAAAAAAUAAACAAAAUAAACAAAAUAAAAAAAAUAAAAUAAAAAAAAAUAGUCAAAUGGAAAGGAAUCAUCAAGAUGUUAUAAAUAAAAUGAUUAUAUCGAAGGAUAUUAAAAAUGAGUUGAAGAUGAAGAAGAUGAAGAAAGAAAAAAAAAACAUACACACACACACUAGUAAUAUAAUCAAUGAUCAUAUAGGUGUUAAUAAAGAAUAUAAUAUACAACAUAAUAAAAAGGUAGUAAAUAAAAAUAUAAAGACAAUAAAUAAAUAUAAAAAGAACUCAACUUUUUUUUUAACAGAAAAUAAUAACAAAUUGAAUGAAUUUUUUGAUGUAAUACAAAAUAAUAAUUAUAAUAAUAAAAAUAAUGAUAAUCUAGAAAAUAAUGUUAAUUAUAUGAAAAUAUUAAGAAAGGCAAAAGCUAGUAAUACCUAUAUUUAUAAUAUAUAUGAUAUAAAAAUAAAUAAUAAGAUAAUAUAUAAUAAAAAAUAUUUUAAAGAAUAUAUAAAUAUUAUUAAUUUUGUUAUAUGUAUAUUUUUAAGUACUAAUAUUAAUAAUUUAAAUAUGAGUAUUUUAAAUCAUAAUUAUAUUUAUUUUAUAUCAAAAAUUAUUAAAAAAAAUUUCAAAUUUUAUUUUUUCUAUUUUUAUUAUAAUAUAUUUAAAAAUAAACAAAUAUCAAAUAGAUAUAAAAAUAUUUAUAAUAUGAAUUUCGAUGUAAUAUUAAAUAAUAAUCUACAGAAUUAUUUAUCUAUAUCAAAAAUUAAUAUCAAGAAUAAAUAUAUAUAUGUUUUAUAUACACUCUCAUGUAUUUUAUCAGUUUAUAAUUUCCAUUAUUCUUUAUUCAAUUAUUAUUUUUUAUUCUUUUAUAAAUAUAUUAAAAUAUUAU